AUGUCGAAGCGACGGAGCCUUCGUUGUGAUGCUCGGUCUCCAUCCACCCCAUCCAAGCCGACGGUGCCCCGACAGCCGCUCACGACUCCAAUUCGCCAUCACUUGAAUCACAGUCGUUGGAGCUUUGGGGUUUCACCAACUCCACAACCACAUGGCUCCAUC